AUGGGCCCACCCCGUGAGCUCCAAGUCCCCUCCAGGCCUCUCAUCCUCGCUGAGAGCAAGACUGGGACCCAGGAGCGUUCACAUGCCAAGGCCCUCCUCUGGAUGCUGCCCUGCCUGCUGCUGACACGCUGGGACCUCUCAGCGCCCGGGCCCCGCCCACCACCCCAGCUGGGACCUCUCAGCGCCCGGGCCCCGCCCACUCUCCCGGGACUCACCUGGGCUGCUGUUCCCGGGACCCCGCCCGUCUCCACAGAACCCCCUCAGGCCCGUGCUCAGGACCCCCGCCUCAGCCCCCGAGCCCCGCCCACUACCCGGGACCACUCCUCACCCCGCCCCGUGCCGGGACCCGCGCUCCUAACGUCCCCGGGCGCGUUAAAAAGCGCCGCCGCCUCACCCUCGUCCGCGGAGCGCCACCCCGUCUCGUGCUUCUGGCCCAGGGCGGCCCGCUCUGGUGGGGAGGGGGCGCCGCGCCGGGAGCGGUCCCGCCGCCGAGCGCUUCCGGGUCAGAGGGCGCGCGGCGCGACGGACGGGCUCGAGGCAAAUUCAAAGGCGGAGUCCGCGGCGGUGGUGGGCGGGCGCACCGCCAGGGAGGCCCGGCAGGCCCGACCCGAGGAGACCCCCCCUCCCCCGCCGCCGCCCCGAUCUGGCUUCAUCUGA